AUGGCUGACUUAAUCGACGAUGUGAUGUGGGAGUCAAGAGAAAAUGAUACCAACCUCGAUGAAGGAACCUCGAAUACAAGGGGUAGCGGUGUGGAUGAUGAUUUUGCACAGUUGUUGGAAGAAAUGGAAACUCAAUUGUAUAUUGGUUCCAUCUUUUCUUCCCUUGAGUUUCUUGCAAAGUUAAUGCAUAUCAAGGUGAACAACAAAUGGACUGAUAGUUCAUUUGAUCAACUCCUUAAGCUCUUGCAAUUAGCAUUUCCCAAAGGCAACAAGGUUCCCCUUUCAUAUUAUCUAGCCAAAAAGAAACUACAGUCUAUUGGCCUGGGGUAUGAGUCGAUACAUGUGUGCAAAAAUGAUUGUUGUCUCUUUUGGAAAGAACACGAUUCAUUGCAAGUUUGUCCCAUUUGUAAAGAGAGCCGAUGGAUCGAUAAAAACACCAAGGGUAAGAAAGUACCUCAUAAGGUGUUACAGUACUUUCCUGUGACCCCUAGACUACGACGUUUAUAUUGUUCGAGGCACACUGCCAAAAAUAUGAUCUGGCAUAGUACCAUACGUUCAGAAGAUGGUGUGAUGAUUCAUCCUGUUGAUGGGGAACAUUGGCAAGAUUUUGAUAAAAAAUACCCCGACUUCUCGAGUGAACCCCGUAACGUACGCGUAGGUCUUUUAGCUGACGGUUUCAAUCCAUUUGGAAACAUCUGUAAUCCACAUAGCACAUGGCCGGUCAUACUCACCACAUACAAUCUACCACCCUGGCUUUGUAUGAAAGAGUCAUCAUUCAUGUUGACUUUGUUGAUUCCAGGCCCGAAAGCUCCAGGUAAGGAUAUGGAUGUUUUCCUUAGACCGUUGGUGGAAGAGCUUAAACAUUUGUGGAACUCAGGCGUAGGUAUUAAAGAUGCAGCGACAAACACAUUCUUCACGAUGAGAGCAAUGUUGUUGUGGACAAUAAACGGUUGGCCAGCUCGUAGUAGUCUAUUAGGCUGGAGUGGGAAAGGGUAUAAAGUAUGUGCUACUUGCAAUGAAGACACUCCUUCGUACCGUGCAACAAACAAAGUCGUAUAUAUCAAUCAUCGUUGUUUCCUAGAUGCUAAUGAUCCGUUAAGAAAGAGGUUGGACUUUAACGGGAUGGAAGAGACAAGACCCGCUCCGAGACACUUUAGUAAUGAUGACAUACAAGAGCAACUAGGUCGUCUACUAACUCGCAAACCGGAUGGGUUUGGUUCUAACAUCAGUAAGAAAGUGAACGAUACCAAUACUAACAUUAUUGGGUUGAAAUCGCAUGACCACCACAUUCUUAUGCAACGUUUGAUACUGAUUGGAGUAAGAAGGUUGUUAGACAAAGAUACUUAUACACCUAUUGUAGACCUUUGUACGUUUUUCAAGCAACUUUGUUCCAGAACAUUGAAGGUGGAGGAUAUGAGGAAAGCAAAAGUAGACAUCAUUGCAAUCUUGUGCAAGUUAGAAUUGAUUUAUCUUCCAGCGUUUUUUGACAUUAUGGUUCCUUUACUUUUGCAUUUACCUGAUGAAGCAAUUGUUGGAGGCCCGGUUUGUAUGAGAUGGAUGUUUCCCUUUGAGAGGUAUAUGAAAAAACUAAAAAACUAUGUCAGAAACAAGGCGAGGCCAGAAGGUUCUAUAGCUGAGGGUUAUGUUGCUGAAGAAGCUUUAUCAUUUUGUUCGAUGUACCUUCGAGAUGUAAAGAAUCGUCCGGAAAGAAAUGUAGAUGUUGUCAUUGAAAAAACAAAGUUUUGGAUGUUUGAGUCUAAAUGUUGA